AUCUAGAUUCAAUAAAAAUGACCUCCGUUGGUUGAUGGCUCGAAUAGCCCCGUAUGACAACUAAACUUGAGCGGAAUCAAGUUAUUUAACCGUAACAGUGUUGCUGUGGGAAAAAUAAUAUUAUGGCAGCGCUGCUUUCGUGCUGUUUUGGCUGCUGUGGAGACAAUAACAGUGGCCACGUAACACUGAAGGAAAUGCCCACGGUUCAGCUGGACACUCAUCACAUGGGUACUGAUGUUGUCAUUGUAAAGAGUGGAAGACGCAUAUGUGGAACCGGAGGCUGUACAGCAAACGCUCCUCUCCAUCAAAACAAAAGCUACUUUGAAUUCAAGAUUCAGUCUACAGGUGUCUGGGGAAUAGGAGUGGCAACUCAGAAAGCAAAUCUAAACCAGAUCCCUCUGGGUCGAGACCCGCACAGCCUUGUGCUUCGGCAAGAUGGCACCGUGUACCAUAACAACGAAGAAAAGAACCGAUUACCAGCUAACAGCUUGCCGCAGGAAGGGGACAUUGUGGGUGUUACAUAUGACCAUGUGGAACUGAAUUUGUACCUAAACGGGAAGAAUAUGAACUGUCCAGCAUCAGGCAUCAGAGGAACUGUUUAUCCUGUAGUUUAUGUGGACGAUAGUGCAAUACUGGAUUGUCAGUUCGGUGACUUCUACUAUCCUCCUCCACAAGGCUACCAGAAGAUUCUCUUCGAGCAACAGAUCUUUUAAAGUUCCCAUUGUGCUGUUGCAUACACUAAACAUACUCCACAGCCGGGAUUUGAAGUGCUACGGUUAUGAUUGAUUCCUAACUAUAGGGUGGCUCAGACUACUGAAAGGAGUUGAGUCAAACGACAGAUGGCCUUCUGCUUUUCAUGUCAACUUGUGCGAUUUCAUCAUCCUGCACACUUAUUUGUGCACUGAUCUCAAAGUUUAUUCAGCGCAUUCAUCUUUCUUUUGCACUGUGAUUUUACUUGUAUAUCAACAUUGUACUGUUGUGAAUUUUUGGUUUGAAUAUGAAACGGGUAUAUAUUGGAGUCAUAAAUUACAGCUGACAAUCAUGACUGACACUUUAUACAUUUCAAGUGAUGCUGACUCAAAACAGUCAACACUGCAUCACUUUUUCUGUUUGAUAUAUGACCCACACACUCCAUACUUAUUAUCAUAAUCCGU